AUGGGCGAACACCUUGGCAGCUGGGACGACGAUGAAGUGGGCGACGAGGUCGUGGCUCGGCCGCCUAACAGUUUUGACGAGAGUUUUCAACCAAGUCGUGGAUCUCUCAAUGCUCGGUCUACUACCAACAAGCGCAAAGGCCGAGAAAGCGAAGGUGAGCAUGACGAGAAACCCGAGAAGGAGCGUUGCGUACGUCGCGAUGGCACCGAAGAUACCGCAAAAGACAAGGAGCAUACGGACACCACUGUUGGUCGAGACGUUGACUACGAAGCUGGCACAGAUGUCAGUGGAACGGUCUUGUCGAAUCCUGGUACUCUUCUCACGCCUUUUCGAGGCCCACAGCAUCGCAUAGAGUCCACUCUCUCCAUUGGUACUCCGUCCGAGCUCACGCAGGUGCAUCCCGAAAGAGUGGACAAAGGCAGGGUGUCAACAGUCGUGCCUCAGCCCGGUGGAUAUCCAAGACAGUGA